UUGCGCAUACUGUACUGCGCUCGGCGCGGUCAAUUUAAAUCUUUGAAUAAAAAAAAAAAAAAUACAUAUAAUUUUUUUUUGCUAAGUGCAUUAGAGUGCAAUAACACAUUAUUGAAAAAAAUAUAUAAUUUUUUUCUUAGUGCGAUUUUUUACUAUGUGUGUUAAACCAAGUGCGUGAGUUUUAAUAUCAGUUAAAAAUAGUGAAAGAUAUUAUUUUGUCUUAUAAGCAAAGUGAAAUAUCACAAAAAAAUAGAGAAAUAGAAAAAGAUAGAAAUACAACUUCUGAUUGGAUAUUUUUUUAUAUAUUUUUGGAUUACUCCGAUUCUACCGUUUCUACAAAGAAUGCGCAAAAGGAAUUAAUACUAACUCUAGAAGAUCAAUAGUUUGAAACUUGCUUUAAUGAACAUGGAAAUGAGUAAUUUUUCUUCAAAAAAAUUGUCCCGCGAAGAACGUCGAUAUUCUGUGCCGCACGGACCAAACACACCUUUACCACCAGCCGCAUCAGAAGACCUCCACGCAUGGUCAAUCUACAGACAAAACCUUAAUUCAGACUUUACAGACUCUGCUUUAGGGUCAUCUGAUAAAUCCCCGCUGCCAUAUGGAAAUUUCCAGCUACGCGACACGACUGUCCAAUCGAUUCUUAACCAUCCACGGUACGGUCCAAAAUCACCUUUGGGUUCAAAUAUGUACACGUACCUAAAGUUUGGUCUGCCUCGGGUCUUCCCGCCAAAUGCUGGCUCUCAGAGAUCUCAUCGGCCUGGACCGGGUCCGGGGAGAGGUCGAAUCAAUCGAGGGUUUCGAGAUAGCUCUGGCCCACCGGCAGGUUCGUCGGGAUAUGAUAGCAGUGACAAUGAAACAACGAGAAGUAGAGUGCCACCAAAUUUAAGAAAAUACCGUAGUGAAUCAGAUUUUAGAGCAAUCGGAGGAAUUCCAACACCACGACCAGAUUCAAGAGCUCAAGGCAUUCCGAUAGCGGCUUUGCGACAAGCUAACAGUCGGGCUAGUAUAGCUGUUGGAAACCAUAUCAACUCACAUUACAUUCCCAAUGGGAAGCACUAUGGCAAUCGUUCGCAUAGUGAAGCCGACCUUCUUGGUGCAGAUAUUGGAACCUAUGCUGAUUAUGAUUCGCGAACUUACACAACCAAUCGCAGUCGCAUGGAUAAUCAUCAUCAUCAGCACAAUCAACACCAGCAAAUUCAUCAUCACAAUCAGCACAAUUCACAUCAUUCGCACACAAUGUCAAAUCGAAAACACUCGAGCUUAGGUUUGGUUUAUCCCAAUAUUCAGGUGCAUUGUUUGGAUGUGAAUCCUGGAUUGCGUGGAGUAUCGUUACAAGCUAAGGCCGGUGAUUUAUUUGCAAUAAUGGCGACUUCCCAGCCAGAAGGGACUGCGCUAACUGAGUGUCUAGCGGGACUGAGAGAACGAAUUUCUGGUGAGGUUUUAGUAAAUGGUCAGCAAAUAAAUCGGCGUGGAUUGAGGGAGUUGUGUAGUUAUGUACCAGCGUUGGAGAGUUCAUCGCUGGAUCCGCGGAUGAGCGUGCAAUGUACAUUAAAUUUUCAUGCGGCGCUAAGAGGACCAAUUGAUAGGAGUGAUUUUAAGGAAAAGAUGGAUAUUCUAAUCGAAGACCUUGGACUCACAACAUUCCGCGCCUCAAAUAUAUCCUCACUAACGCAUUCGGAGAAGCAAAGACUUAGCGUAGCCUGUCAACUGUUAGCUCAAUCUUCGAUUCUUAUUCUAGAUCAAGUAACAAGCAACAUGGACAUUUUCGAUACAUUCUUCUUGGUGGAAUACCUUCGACAAUGGUGCAGUGGUGGUAGAAUAGUCAUAAUGACACUUCAACCACCCACUUUCGAGAUUCUAUCAAUGUGCUCUGGAGUUCUGCUGCUAUCUGGCGGUAGAACUGUUUUCUCUGGCAGUAGAUCAGAUCUGCCACGUCAUAUGGGUAAUCUUGGUUAUCCGUGUCCACCAUUUAAAAAUCCAGCUGAUUAUUAUUUGGACUUGGUGACACUAGACGAUUUGUCUGCAGCGGCCAUGUUAGAAUCUUCUGCCCGUAUUGAAUCACUGGCAAACUCUUGGGAUCAAAUUAAUUCAGAGCCACCUCUAGCUGCACCACCUGCAUCACUGCCAGCUUUUACACGAAAAGCUGGAUUCUUGGGACAGGUUAAAGCUUUGCUAAAGCGUUUUGCUGCUUACAAACAACCAGGAUCAUUACUAACAUGGAUUAGUAAGCUUAUUGCCGCAGCUGUUCUGUCUCUUUGUAUAGGAUGUAUAUUCUGGGAUGUGCCUGCAUCAGAUCCACAACUCACUUAUAAUGACCGCUUGGGUUAUCACCAUUGCAUUAUGGCAUUAGCAUAUUGGCCACUGCUAAUGCUCACAAUCAGAGAUGCUCAAGAUGAUCGGAAACAUGUUGAGCGAGAUAUUCGCCUUGGGAUGUAUUCAAGAGAACUUUAUAUAACAAUUCAGUGUCUCAUGGGUCUUUUUCCGAGCUUAUGCAUAUGGUUGGCGUAUCUUCUUCCAGCACACAGUAUGGCUGGACUGUAUACCUACUCUACCAGCAGCGACACAGGAAUUUAUUUGUACAUGGGAUUCAUGCUGACGUAUCUCACUGUGGUCCAAACUCUAGCAGUCUUAUGUGCCCAUCUGCUACCAUCAAAGGUUUCAGCGACUGUUCUUAAUAUCCUUCUAACGUUGGCUUUAACAACUGUUGGUGGAUAUUCAAUACAUUCGAGAAAUGUUUCCAAGAUGUGGCAUUGGUUACAGUUAAUUUCACCACAGAAAUGGCUUCUCCCAGUUCUAGUGGCUGAUGAAUAUAGUCCUGAGACACUGGCCAAUUCAGCUGGACUUCAGUUAUGCAGAAAUAAACAGGUUCAACAUCAAGAAAUAAUUGUACAACAACCAUGUCCAACACCAAAUGGAACACAAGUGCUAGUCGAUUUUCAAUUACUACCACAACAACAUGUUCUCGAUCCAACGAACAUGGAAGAAACAACAUUUAUUGCUUUAAUAUUAACAUCUGUAAUACUCUUUGUGUUUACAUUUAUUAUAUUUAGUUUCAACUGUAGAAGAAUUUUUAAACGUUCACCGAGGAAAACGUAUUGAGAAUAUUGAGAUG